AUGAAACUAAUAAUUUUUUUAUUUUUUUUUUCAUUUUUUUUAAUUAAAUGUGAAUCCACACAAUUAGAUUGUUUUUAUAAUUUUUAUUCAGCGACUGGGAGAACAAUACCAGUAAUUCCACAAGAAUCAGAUGUAUGCAAUAUUGAAGGUUUUCUAUGCAAUGGUAGUUCAGAGAUUAUAGAAAUUAACAUUGAUCAAUUAAAUGGUUUCAAUAAUAUAGUUAAUGGUAAUUUAAUUCAAUGUUUUAAUAAACUAUCUCAAAUGACCUUAAAUAAUUUUACUCUUGCUGAUGAUUUUCUUUCAAAUAAUGAUUAUUACAAUCAAAUUAUGCAAAUUAAAAUUUUUUAUCCAAAAUCUUACCGUCUAAAUAAUAUAGCAAGUAAUAUUAGGGAUCUAACUAUCAAAACUUUGGAUAUAUACCAACCAGGUCUCGAAAGCAAUCAAAUAUCACUUGAUAUUUUUUCAAAUGUUCACAAUUUAAAUUUACUUGAUGUAUCGGCUGUUGGUCAACAAGUUGUAACAUUUACACCACAAACAGUUUUAAAUACUUUUCCAAAGAGCUUCAAUAUUUUUUCAAAAUCACUUCCAUCAUUACAUAAUUUUUAUGCUUCUAUAAUUUCUAUUCGUUUGCAGUCACAAUUUACAUGGAGCAAUUUUGAUACCUAUUAUAAUGUAUCUGACUUAAUUGAUAUCUCUUCAAAGGAUUUAGGUACAUGUAUCCCAUUAACAGAUAUUCAAGGUAAAGUCGAAAUGAAAACUAAACAAUUAAAUAUAGGUUUAUGCAUUGAAACAAAUCCAAAUAAAAUUGAUAUGUCAUUAAAUUAUCCAAAUUUAGAAAUAUUACAAAUUUCUUCAACAAAAAAAUUUUAUAACUCAGAGUUCCAAUUUUCUAAAGUUCCAGAAACACUUAGUUCAUUCCUUUUAGAUAGUUCAUCAUUUGGUGGUUUAGAAUAUGUAUUUGAUGUAUUAAGAAAUGUUAAAAGUGUAGAACUAAGAAAAAAUACCAUCACCAACUCUUUUUUACCAGAAUAUACAUUAACUCCGGGUAUGAAUUUAUUUUUAGAUUUAUCCAAUAAUAAUCUUUCAGGUUCAGUUCCACUAUCAUAUUGUAAAGCUAAAUUGGUUAAUUUAUCAAACAAUAAGCUAUCUGGAGCCAUACCUGAUUGUUUCUUAUGCUACAUGAAAAACAACUUUGAAAAUUAUUUCGAGAAUAAUCAAUUUUCAAAUUAUGACCAAAUUGGUAAAUGUGAGGAUAAAAUUAUUCCAAAUUUAAGAGUCGAUUCAGAAACUAAAAAGAUUUAUUUAGAGGGUUCAAAUCUUGGUUUUGAUUCAAAUUCAAUAACAACCACCCCACCUCUAGUUUGGUUCAUUCAAAUUCCAUCAGAAUUAUUUAUUGCAGAUUAUUCUCAAUAUAUGGGAACAUUAGAUAAAUUGUUCAAUAUUAAAUUCAAUAUACCAAACCAGAGUUUCACCCUUAGAACCAUUAGAACCAAACCACUUGUUAACACUGUAACUGCCUAUAGUACUGGAACAGUUCAAUUUACUGGUCAAGAUUUCACCUAUGAUAAAUCAAAGAUUGUAAUCACAAUAAACCAGUAUGACUGUGUAGUUAAAAGUUCAACUUAUAAUAGUGUUAUUUGCGAAUUAGUUAAUAUGCCAAAGUCCUUAUAUGCUACAAACAUGAUCACCUAUAUUACUGUAAUGGAUCUCUACAAGAACUAUACCAGUCAAAUCACUGUUGAUUUUGAUUAUCCAAAUGAUAAAACAUCCACUAUUUUUCAAUGUCCCAACGAUUGUAAUGGAAGAGGUAUCUGCUAUUCAAGCUUAGGUCAGUGUAUAUGUCAACCAAAUACUCUAAAUCCAAACUGCCAAUUGAAUUGUAACUUUGGUACUUAUAAUGCUACAUCAGAUUCUUGCGUUUGUGACUCAAAACACCAAGGGUAUUUUUGUAAAGAUCCAUAUUUUCAAUGCCCUUCAUUAACUGCCGCACCAUGUAAUGGAAAUGGUUUGUGUAACAACUCCACCGGUGUAUGCACCUGUUUUCCAGGUAUAGAAGGAGAUGAUUGCUCUAAAGUUUUACUUAAAUGCCCAAAUGAUUGUACCAAUCCACUUCAAGGUACUUGCGAUACUAGUUCUGGUAGUUGUAUUUGUAAGCCCUAUUUCAGCGGAAAUGAUUGUAGCAUAAAAAAUUGUAUCAAUAAUUGCACAAAUUCAGGAAACUGUGUAAAUGGUAUUUGCCAAUGCUUCCCCGGAAAAACCUUAGAUGAUUGUAGUGGUAUACAAUGCCCCAAUGAUUGUUCAAAUGGUAAUGGAACCUGUAACUAUUCAACUGGUGUUUGCACAUGCAAUCCAGGAAGAGUCGGUCAUGACUGUAGUGGUAUACAAUGCAAGGUUGAGUGCCAAAACGGAGGUACUUGUGACAAUACACGUGGUGAAUGCCGUUGUAAAGCGAAUUGGAGAGGUAACGAAUGUACAAUUCCCGUUCAUUAUAUUAGCUCAAUCGAACCUUGCCCAGUUUCAGGUGGUCAGGUUACAAUAUAUGGAUGGUUUGGGUCAAUUCACCAAAAUUUAACAAUUUCAGUUGGUGACCUAUCUUGUACCGAUAUUAUUGAAACAGAAACAAUUCUUAUAUGCACAUUAGGAGGUGGUGAAGGAACUAAGAGUGUUAAUGUUACUCAAAAUGGUAGUAGCUUCUUUGGCAAAAAUAAAUUUCAAUAUUAUAACCCAGUUAUGAAAUCCCAGCAACAACAACCAUCAAACACAACAGAACCAGUUAAAGAGAUUCCACAGUCAACUACAGCUAUCGAUAUUGAUAAAGGUUUAGCAACUAUUAGUAAUCAAGAUACCAAUUAUGAAAUUUCAAUUAUUUCAUUAGUGGAGAUCGAUAUCUAUGGUAAAAAAGUCAAAAACAAUCUAUUACAAAAGAAAUGGAAUAUUACCACCGAACAAAAUAUUUAUCAAUUCUCACAAACCAUUGACAAUGAACAAUACGCAGAAGGCCAAGAUAUUUGUUUAGUAACCUAUACUAUUGAAGAAAUUAAAAAAACAAGACAAUAUGAAUUUGCAGGAUUAAAAUUAGAUAUUAAUGAAGGUGGUCUUAAAGUAUCUGUAAACAUUUCGAAAUAUCAAUUCCAAAAUGCAUUAAAUACAUUACAAUUAAGAUUUUUAUCAGCCUCAAGUGAAUCAACAACACCACAACCCAAUCAAAACAAUCAAUGUAACCAAAAAGAAUCAACAAUAGAUGUUUCCAAUAUUGACCCAAAUCAAACUUUGAACUAUAUCAGUAUAACCAAAAAUAACAAACAGCUUUCUGGUAGAUUUAUUAAUAAAGUAGUAUCAGAUACUAGAAAUACAUUCAUGUCGAGUGAAGUAGUAACAGAACUUUCAAACUCUUCAACAAUCGUUGUAGGUUUAAAUUUACCACAUUGCACAGAUGAAUGUUAUAUUGAUCCUGAUUUUUCUGUAUUGGUAACAUCAGAUUUCAAAUCAAGCUGUAAUGGAGACAAAUCGAAAAACUGGGUCAUUCCUGUAGCAGUAGUUGUUCCAUGUGUAUUUGUUAUUGCUCUAAUUUUUGCAUCAAUUGUAAUUUACAGAAAAUAUAGAUACCCAAUCAGACUUUUUAUACUAUCAAAAAAAUCAAACUCUUCUUUAAAAAGUACAAAAUUAAGAAACUUUUAG